AUGUUUGCAUUAGAAAACGAAGUAAUUGAAAUUGAUUCUUUAAACCACUAUGCACCAAAAUUGACCGAAACAGUCACUAUACCAUUCACAGCAACAACAACGCAAAAUCAUCAAAAUGGUGGAAAAUUACAACGACAGUCAUCGUCGUCUGAUACCUCAAUCAAUGAACGUUUUAAAACACAUAUGAAUGUUGAUAGCCUACAUUCACAGUUAAUGUAUAAUGUGUCGCAUCGACGACGCCAAACUGUAGACAUUCCGUUGCCACCACCAAUUGGACAAAAAAUGGAAGACAUUUUCAAUUCAAGAAAUCACUAUAAUAAAUCAAAGAAUAGAAAAGAAAAUAAAACUCCUACGCUUCAUCGAACUCGCAAAAAAACCAAACCAAUUCUGACACAAGAUCUUUUUGGGAUUGACAUACCUUUGCCGGGUCUUCCACUUCCCUUGCUACACACACUACCUCAAAUACUCAAAACUCAUAUUUUCCAACAACAGUAUCAGUAUCCACAACACCAUUUCGAUCAAAACCUACCAUCCUUGUCAUUACAGACUGAUUUACGGUUUCUAAUUAUACGUCACGGGGAAAGAGCUGAUCGCGUUUUCGGACCGUACUGGUUUUUGCAUGCUUUUGAUUCAUUUGGUAACUAUCAUCCAUUCCACUUAAAUCUACCACCGAAAUUACCCCAACGCUCUAAUUGGCAACUGUAUGGUCUCGAUUGUCCACUCACAAAAACCGGAAUGUUAAAAGCAAAAGCAGUGGGAAAAGUAUUAACUCUGAAUAAUUUUCAGCCACAUUAUAUUUAUUCUUCACCGGCCAUGAGAUGUAUGCAAACAGCUCAUUACAUUGUAAAAGGUUUAGAUCGUCAGAUACCAAUACGCAUCGAGCCCGGUCUCUUAGAGUGUAUUAACUGGAAUAAAUUUCCAACUAUCAACCCAUUUUUAAACAGUAUUGAAUGGCACAAGCACGGUGUAAAUGUUGAUCUUAGUUAUAAACCAAUCGUGGAGAGGAUUCCAACGUUUGAAAACGAAAGUGCUUAUUACUUAAGAUCCAAACAAGUUAUUCGAGAAAUAGAAAAAAUGCAUAAUAGUAUUGGUAAUCCAAAACUUAAUGUUUUAAUUGUAGCACAUGCAACAUCACCCGAAACUCUCACAUGGGAUCUCGUCGGAAGAGUGCCAAAUCCAAUUGGCCUGUUUGCCUUAUCGACCCAUAUUGACUAUUUACAAAUGGUUAUCACAGAAAGAAUUUUUCAUUCAAAGCAGUGGACCAUGAAAAACCUUCCGCUGGCGGCUACCACUGUUAAAUGGAUUUAA